AGGCUAUGACGUCAUGCGGAAAGCCCAACCUCACCCAGAAGGAGAGCGAGAGGUUGAGAGAGACCGAGAGGGAGGGUGGACGGAUACAGCGGCGGCGCGGACACUCUGGAAACGCCGAGGGGGGAUACUGCUAAUACCAGAACCACUGCAGGAUGCGUGAAUACAAGUUGGUGGUCCUUGGAUCGGGAGGCGUUGGCAAAUCUGCACUAACUGUACAGUUUGUUCAGGGGAUAUUUGUUGAGAAAUAUGACCCUACAAUAGAAGAUUCGUACAGAAAGCAAGUGGAAGUAGAUGGACAGCAAUGCAUGCUGGAGAUCCUGGAUACAGCAGGGACGGAGCAAUUCACGGCCAUGCGUGAUCUGUACAUGAAGAAUGGCCAGGGAUUCGCAUUGGUCUACUCCAUAACGGCACAGUCGACCUUCAACGAUCUGCAGGACCUGAGGGAGCAGAUCCUGCGGGUGAAGGACACGGACGACGUGCCCAUGAUCCUGGUAGGAAACAAGUGUGAUCUUGAAGAGGAAAGGGUGGUGGGUAAAGAGCAGGGUCAGAGCCUGGCACGGCAGUGGAGCAGCUGCGCCUUCCUGGAAUCCUCUGCGAAGUCCAAAAUCAACGUGAACGAGAUCUUCUAUGACCUGGUUCGGCAAAUCAACAGGAAAACCCCUGCUCCUGGGAAAGCCCGCAAAAAGUCGACCUGCCAGCUGCUCUAAUGCGCAGCUGUGCUGAUUCUCUGAGCCAGGUCUGAUGAGCAGCCGUCUCUGUUGGCAGCUGAACUGAAAGCAUCCUGCAGCCGAUGUCUCUGUGUCUGGACCUCUUUGACCGACGCCACAAACAACGGGACUCAAAAUUCCAUGAUUGUACAUUAUCUGAUAGUCACUUUGUGCACAUAAACUGCUCACUCGCCUGCAUUGCAACAGAUAUUUCGGGGGAUUCUUCCUUUCCCUCGUCGUUCUGUGUUCUCUCACUCACUCACCCACAUCUCAACACCUAUUCUAACGGUUUGGACAUGAAAGGUUUUGGGCUACACACAGUAUUUUUGCUAAAGGGGGAGAAUGUGCUGCUCCCAUCUCUACAUGUGAGGCAGUGCAACCAAACAGUCCCAGGGCCCAGCGGUUGGCUUUGGCCAGUAUGACCGUGUGAAGCUAGAGGGCCUCUGUUUAAGCAACAGGGGGAAAGUCCAAAGAGCCGCUAUAUACAUGCUGUUAACUUCUGCUUCUUUGGUAUUAGUACCGUUUUCAGUUUUUUUUUUUCUUUUUAAGAAUUACUAAAUUUGUUUUGCUGCGAUUCUAUAUUGUCACAGCUUUUAUUGAUUUUAUCUUAGGAGAACCUGUGAGCAGUGAUACGUGUUUGUUUUUAACCUAAGAUGUUGCCUUCUGCUAUGGUAACUGAUUAUUUUUUUUCUUUCCGGAGAAUUAUUCUGAAGACACAUGAGCUUUAACGUGUGUUUGUUCAGAUUUCUUGCGUCUGCUUUUACAGCUGGGGGUGGCGCUCGGGGGAUUUUUGGGGGGAGGCUCUUAAACCUAUGACCCCCUCCCUGUACCCCCAGCUGGGACUUUCAUGGGGGGCCGUAACCAAGUGGCUGAAAGUCAGGUCCACCUCUGUGGAAUCCCUGCUCCACAACAUGAAGUAUAUUAUAAAUAUAAAUAUAAAAUAUAUAUUUUAAAAUGAGGAUUUUUAUUAUUGAAAUAAAAAAACGAUGUUAUUCUUCAUGCUUUGGUGACUGUAGAUUCCUCCUAUCCUUGCUUGCACCUGCACCAGUGUUAAAACUGGAAGACUGAGAAAUCAAACUGGUUUCAUACUGGUUGUCUGCUAAUACUUGUUUUCUUUCUUUUUUUUUUCUUUGGUCAGUUGUCACAGUGGUGGUUGGUUUGUCAUUGAAUGUUUUUAUUUUUAUUUUUUUUUUUGGGGCGGGGGGGAGGUUAUCCAGGGAAUGCUGUGUUGCUCGUUGGCAUCGUGUCCUGGAAUCCUAGGUCAUGUGACACUCAUUCUCCAGAGCUGUGGAAUUUCGAAUACAACAUCUGCUUAUUCUGGUGGCCAGAUGUUAUACGCCUUAAUUAAAAGUGAUGCGGUUUUUGUAUGACUGAGAAGCUGUCAUUCAGUAAAUUGGAUGCACAAAAUAUUAAUUGUAUCAAGUUUUCCUGGCCAAUGAAGGCUGCUUGCCCACUUACACCCCCAUCCCCCCCCCCUUAAAUGUGAUGCUGGGGAGCUUAGAAACAUACCACCAACUGGUUUUCAGUGGGAAUUUUCUUUCCAAAGGGGGGAAGGUCCUGAAUCUUAAUUUUCCUUGUAAAGUUGUGUGAUGGUGUAAAAGUCAGAGUUGCAAAUCCAAUGAAAUGUACCGUCUUUCUUGAGCAUGUGAGAGAGUUUUUAUCCUGAUCAGCCGACUCAGAGUUGUACAAAACACUGUAAACUUGUCAGGUAUUCAAUAUUAGCAUGUAAACCUAUAUUUUUAAAGGUAAGAACAAUAUUAAUAUAAACUUGAGUAAAAUUGU